UUUUGAAUUUUUCAUUUUGGAAGAAGGAAGAAAAAGGGGGGUUGGGGCUUCACUCCCGGAUCUGCUCUCCUCUCCCUCUUCGUCCCUUGAUCUGUUUCUGUUUGUUUGGCCGUUCUUCUUUCUCUGUUGAUUCUGCAGCGUUGUCAAAUUCUCUUUGUCCAUUGUUCACGUUCGUGAACUUCAGGUUGAUUUUGCUUCGAAACUCUCGAAACCUGUCGGAACAUUUUGCAAGGGAAUCAUCUUCCAACUUGUAGAAAAUGGAGAAUUCGAAAGUUCAAGAGAUAUUGGAGAAGCAGGUGCUGACGGUGGCGAAGGCCGUGGAGGAUAAGAUUGAUGAAGAAAUUCAAGCGCUAGAUCGUCUCGACCUCGACGAUCUGGAGGCUUUGAGGGAGCGAAGAUUGCAGCAGAUGAAGAAGAUGGCGGAGAAGCGGAAUCGAUGGAUCUCUCUUGGCCACGGCGAAUACUCUGAGAUUCCCGUCGAGAAGGACUUCUUCUCCGUUGUCAAGGCUAGCGAUCGUGUGGUCUGCCACUUUUACCGUGAAAAUUGGCCCUGCAAGGUUAUGGACAAGCACUUGAGCAUUUUGGCAAAGCAACAUAUUGAGACACGUUUUGUAAAAAUUAAUGCUGAGAAAAGUCCAUUUCUGGCUGAGAAGUUGAAGAUUGUUGUUCUUCCAACCCUUGCUCUGAUCAAGAAUGCAAAAGUAGAUGACUACGUGGUAGGAUUUGAUGAGCUUGGUGGAACUGACGAAUUCAGCACAGAGGAAUUGGAAGAUAGAUUGGCAAAAUGUCAAGUCAUCUUCCAUGAAGGUGAAUCAUCCAUAAAUGCUUCAAAAUCUAGUGUACAAACUAGGAGAAGUGUACGACAAAGUACGAGAUCAGACUCAUCAGAUUCAGAAUAAGUUAACAUUUCAGGUGUUGGAGAGCUUACUGUUUGCAUAAGAUAUGACAAAAGCUGACUACAGGUGGACUUCUGAAACAUAAGCUGAAUACUUUGGAAGUUUAAAGGUUAAAUUACAAAUAUCUCCAAGUUUGUGUCAAAUAGUGCCUUAAGCUUUAAAAAGGUCUACUAGGUCUCUUUCUUUCAUUUUUGAUUCUUGUAUUUAAUAAGUAUCUAAACUUUAAAAGACUAAAAGGAAUUAAUUCCUAAA